AUCUAGUACUCUGGUGAAUUCACCCGCAAGUUUGGGUGUAGCUGUGAGACAAAGCAGUGAAAAUCAUUCACUGAAAAAAAUGGCGAACGAUACCAACGGAGCUGAUGAAGCCACGGACAGCACAAACAAAUUCGUCUCGGCGCUUAUUCUCAAUUUGAUUAUAGCGCUUAUAUGCUUGAUCUUGUUUUGCCUCCUGCGGCAAAAGCACAAAAUUAUUUACGCGCCAAGACAGCUUUUGGUGGAAACUCUGGCCCCGGGAAGACGUGCAGAAUCGUUCUUUUCAUGGGUUAUUCCCGCGUUUGUCGUAAAAGACGACGAGGUUUUCCGCUACGCUGGAAUCGACGCAGUCGUCCACACGAGAUUUAUGAAGCUUUGCUUUAAAAUCGCUUUGGUCCUUAUGCCGUACGGAAUCGUCGUUCUGAUCCCCGUGAACUAUUUCGGCGGAGCGGACUUGAGCGGGCUUGACAGUAUAGCUCUGUCGAACAUCGUACCAAAGUCACCAAAAGUCUGGGCUCACGUUGUGGCCGCAUGGGUCUACACUUUGAUCAUCUGUUACCUUUUGUACGAAGAGUGGAAGGCGUUUAUUGUUUACCGUCAGGAGUUUCUCGGUCAAGGCUUGGCGCAACAUUACGCGGUAUUGGUGAGAGAUCUGCCGACAAAGCUGAAGGAUCCAGAAAGUUUGAAGAGCCACGUACAAGAACUGUUUCCCGACCAGGUUGAAGAUGUCGUCAUUGUCGAAGAUCUGGCCAAGUGGCAAGACCUGGUGAAUGAGCGUGACGCACUGAAAUGGAAGCUGGAACACGCUAAUGCAGUACUCGAGAAAACUGGAGAGAGGCCGACACAUCGGAAGUUAAUCUGUUGUGGAGCAAAACUGGAUUCUAUCGACCAUUUUAAAUCAGAGCUUGAAGCCGUACAAGCUAAAUUGGACGCAGAAACAGAGAAGAAACACGACCUUCUGCCCAGCAGUUUUGCCGUGUUCCGUUCUCUCCGCACAUCAGCACUGGCAGCUCAAGCCAAGUGGGAACCCUCUCCCCUGACUUUUGACGUUAUGCCAGCUCCUGAGUUCUCCAAUGUCAUCUGGAAUAACCUUUCUAUUGGACUUUGGCAAAGAAAAUUGCGUACGGUACUGAUCUAUUUCUUGGUGUUCCUGCUGGUAUUCUUCUGGACUGUGCCUGUGGCGUUCACAUCAACUUUGGUUGAGCUGCAGAACCUGACGAAAAUUGCGCCAUUUUUGAAACCAGUGCUGGAUCUAAACGCGUUUGUGAAAGGAGCAAUUGAGGGUUUCUUGUCAAGUUUAGCUUUGAUGAUUUUCUUCGCUAUUCUACCUUUGGUCUUGCAACUGUUCAGCAAGCUGGAGGGAAUUCCAUCCUGUAGUGAAGUUGACAAAUCAGUUCUGGGAAAGUUGUUUAUUUUCAUGGUCGUGAACAAGUUCCUAUUCCUGACAUUCGCUGGGUCAGCUCUUAAUAAAAUGAGGGACAUGCUUGACAAUCCAAGCCAGAUUCCAUCUUUCCUGGCGGAAGCGCUCCCAUCUCAGGCUGUAUUCUUCAUUUGUUACAUCAUGUUAGCUACUCUGACUGGAUAUGCGCUGCAGCUUCUGCGCAUCGUGCCACUUAUUCUCGUGGCAAUUAAACGCAAGUGGCUUGUUAAGACACCCCGUGAGGACGCGUUGGCCUGGAAACCACCGCCUGUUCUGUACGACCGUGUAUUUGCCAACCAUCUGUUCAUUUUGAUUGUCGGCUUGUCGUACUCAGCCCUUGCGCCUAUCAUCACUCCAUUCGUUGCUAUGUACUUUGGGUUUGGUUACGUCGUGUGGAUGCAUCAGACACUCAGUAUUUACAUGCCAGUCUACAGCUGCGGUGGAAUGAUGUGGCCAAGAGUCUUUAACAGGAUGAUUAUCGCGACUGUCGUGUUUCAGUUGCUGAUGUUUGGCGUGGUGGGCUUGAAGCAGUCAUACGCAGCCUCCGUACUACUCCUUCCGCUUCCGGUCAUCACUGUCCUGUUCUAUUUCGUCAUCCUGCAGCAUUACAUCAGACCUUCUGCGAACCUGGCGCUUAGUGCAGCCCAUGGCUUGAAGGAACCUGCUCCAAACUUCAUACAGGAUUUAGCUAAAAGCUACACAAGGAUUCAAGGCGUGCCCUUCCCAGUUCUUGAGCCUUCUACCUCUCAGAAAGGUGACUCCGCUGAAUCGCUCAACCAGGGGCCUGGAUCUGAACUAGAAACCAGUCUCCCGCUUACCCCUGCAGCCGAGAAGAACACGGAGGCUGUUUAGAGUACAACAGACUACAAACUGACGUCAACAAUCCAGGAAAGAAGUAACGAGAAAUUGUCAGAACAAAGUCAAGUGUUGUAGCUAUCCAUCAUGGACAAAUUGUUUAUUGCGCGCUUCUUAACAACUUAUUAUUCUUUGUCAAGAAAGGUUAAUUUGACAGUCUUGGGAGAUACUUAGUCUGUAAAGAAAGUAUGAGUUUGAUUUUGUUGCACUGUUAGUUAAGUUUCAUCAUGUUCCAAUUCUCUAAUUUUUUAAAGUAUUAAAGGUUAAGUUCAAGUCUUAGUGAGCGCAUUGGGUUCAGCUUGAAGAGUAGUUUUGAAAUUUGUCGUCAUUUUGGAUCAUUACUCGCCUUAAUUUUCCCUCCGUUCUUCUUCAUAACAAAGGAGCUGCGACAUAGAUUGAGUACAUGUGACUUCAGACUGCAAGUAUGCAAUUGGGGUUCGAGAGAAAUUUAUUGUAGUUAAGUACCCAAUCCGGAAGAAAUGCCAAGGAGUUGAAUAAACAAUCUGUAGUGUCUA